CACACAAAAACGCAUACGAACUUUAAACAAAUAGCACUAUUGUGCUUAAAAAUAUUUUUGUGAUUUGGCGAAUUGUUUUAAUGCUAUUUUAAUUAAGGCGUUGCUGGCCCAGAAUUGUAAAAUUGAUUAUUGCGGCGCAUGCCGAAGUGUGGAGGAUUCAACAGCGAACAAGUAAAAGAAGGGGAAAAAACAAUUUAAAGCAUUUGCGUUGCGGAGUACCAGAAGCGGCAGAAACAACAACAAGAACAACGAUAAUUGCAAAUUUGGGUGCAUUAUUAACGGCAGUUGCUUUUUGUGCAGAUAAAAGCUUCGCUCGCUAUGGCUGAUCCUGAAAGGCAAAGCUUAAUCAACAACGAAGAGCAAAGCUCUGAAAGACACAGGCUCCUUGGAGGAGCUAGUGUCGUGCCGUAUAAUGCUGAGGGCGGUGUUAUUCCAGCUGGCAGUGCAGCAGGCGAUGUAAAUCCCGCGAGCAGCGCUGCAGGCGCUAAUGAUGAUGGCAACACGGCACAGUCUGUGCCAUUCAUUGGACCCGAUGAGCUGCCACCGCCAUAUCAGCAGAGCAGCGGCACUGGCGUGCCCAUGGUCACCUGUCGUGUUUGUCAGAACAUGAUUGAUAUAACAACCAAGCGUGAGCAACAUGUGGUCAAGUGUACUCACUGCAAUGAGGCAACUCCCAUUAGAAAUGCACCGCCUGGCAAAAAGUAUGUGCGUUGUCCUUGCAAUUGUUUGCUAAUCUGCAAGAGCUCGUCGCAGCGCAUUGCUUGUCCACGUCCCAAUUGCAAGCGUAUUAUAAAUCUGGCUCCAAGUCCAGUAACACCUCCAGUGCCCACCAUGCCGGGCAUGUGCCGUGUUACUUGCGGUCAUUGCUCCGACACAUUUUUGUUCAACACCUUUCACAAUGCUCUGGCACGUUGUCCUCACUGCAGAAAAGUGUCGUCGGUGGGUUCGCGUUUCGCCAAUAGUCGUGGCGUGCUUUUUGCCAUACUUGCACUGGUCUUCCUUUUGGGCAGCAUUGGUCUAACUGUUGGCACAAUUUCAUAUGCAGCGUCUCAUGGCGGCAUGUAUAUAUUAUAUAUUGCACUGUUUUUCAUCGCAGCCUGCAUGUUGGCGCGCUCCGUUUAUUAUUUCCGGCUUAAAGUGAGCGCCAUCGAUGGACCCAUGUAAGAUUCUCGCUGCGUUGGCUUUUGGCUAAUAAGAAAGAGCAUUGUUUUAUUUUUAUAUAUCUCUUAUAUAUAUAUAAUACAUAUAUAUCAUUCCUUUUGAUAUUAAUCGUAACCCCAUUAUCCAUAAACACCAACAACAGCAAACAAGCAGCAACAAAUUUCUUCAAAUUCUCAAUUCACAUGCUCCUUUCUCAAGUUUUAUAUAGUAACAGUAGUCGCGCAUCUUUAAGAGAUAUUUCGUGUUGAAUUUAAAACAAAAAAAAACUUAGCUAAAUGUGCAACAUGAAAAGCCUAGUUAAGACUUGAAGAAGAACAAGAAAAACGCUAAAUGCUAAACAAAAAUGCUAAAUAUUUAAAUGAAACAAGUGCUAAAAAACAAAAACAUAGGCAGUUAUUAGACCAAAAGCAUAUAGACAGACGGACAGACGUUAAAACAAUUCAAACUUGCAGCACAUUUAAUAUUUUUAUACAAGCAAAAAAAGAAAAGAACUAAGCGCUGUUUUAUUAACUACUUAUAUUUGUAAAUUUAUACAAUCUAUGUUAAAUUUAAUGUUUUGUGUUACUUGUGUCACUUUUGUCCCUACAACUUGUAUGCUAUUUAUUCUCAAUGUGCAACGCGCUUAGUAUUUUUAUUGUUUAUAAUUUUCUUUCUAUGCACUUUUGUUUAAAGUUUAGAAAUGUUUUUUUUUCAUUAACGGGGCGCUUUCUUUUAGUGCAUAUUAAACGUACUGUUAACCUAAUACGCAGGUCUUGAAGAACAAAGCAACGCUCGUGCAACAACAACAACAAUUUCAAUAGCAACUGCUAAGAGCAACGUCUAAAAUAAAUAUAAUUAAUACACAACAACAAAAAAAAAGGAACGGUUUACUUUUGAAAUAUAUAUA